AUGGAUACAUCGAAGCGUUACUUGAGUUACACUUUUGGCCACUCGGUGAAAUUCAAUCCUUCUAUUGAUGAUAUUUCUGGUAUUUUAUCAUCUGUUGGUAUUGAGGUUGACAAAGAACGAGCCACUAAGGUUAUCGCUGAAUUGAAAGGAAAAAAUGUUGCUGAAUUGAUCGCUGCUGGUUCUACUAAACUUGCUUCAGUUCCUUCUGGAGGUGGAGGAGGUGGUGGUGCCGCUGCUCCAUCCGGUGAUGCUGCUAAAGGAGAUUCACCAGCCAAAGAAUCAAAGAAGAAGAAAGAAGAAGAAGAGGAAGAAGAAGAUGACGACAUGGGUUUCGGUCUAUUCGAUUGAUCUCAUCAUUUACUUAUCACUCAAAAUUCUGUUUUUCUAUUCAUGAGAACGAUAGUAUUAUUUAUAAAUAUGAUCGUUAGAUAAACUAUUGUUGAUAAAAAUUCAAA